GCAAACACCCACUACAAACACUCGAGACAAUCCGGAGAUACUUCCAUAUACUCUAGAAGCAAUAGAGCAAGACUUACAGUAAAGCAAUCAUCACAUAGACUACAUCUGCGUCGCGACCGAAAAGACGGACAUUGCACGUCGUCGAAAAGGGUUAUUGACGUCGUUUGGGGGAAAGUGAUCGCCUUUCGAUUCUUAUACCACUGGGGAUCAUGGAAGAUAUCAUGUCCAUAACUCCGCUGGGGUCGGGCCAAGAAGUCGGACGUUCCUGCCACCUGCUUGAAUUUCGCGGAAUGACAAUUCUCUUGGACUGCGGCAUUCAUCCUGGGUACGAUGGGUUGAAUGGACUCCCUUAUCUCGAUCGAAUUGAGCCUGAUCAGGUUGACGUCUUGCUCAUCACCCACUUUCAUCUAGAUCACGUCGCUUCGUUACCCUAUUUGACCGAACGAACUUCCUUUAAAGGCCGCAUCUUUAUGACUCAUCCUACCAAGGCGGUGACGCGAUUGCUUCUUGGGGAUUAUCUCCGACUCUUGCAAAUGAAAAACGCCAAACCCGAAGACGUACUGUACACGGAAGCCGAUCUUCAGUCUUGCAUCGAUAAGAUCGAGCUCAUGGAUUUUCAUACCACAGUCACGGUCGGCGGUUUGUCAUUUUACGCGUUGAAUGCCGGCCACGUGCUCGGUGCUUGCAUGUUCUUUCUCAGUCUCGGUGGACGCAAAAUAUUGUACACGGGCGACUACUCCAUGGAAGAUGAUCGCCACUUGAUGGCGGCCGAAAUUCCUGCCGAGUCCCCCGACGUGCUGAUUGUAGAGGCCACGUACGGUGUGCAAGUACACGCGAGUCGCGCCGAGCGCGAAGCCCGCUUUACCGGAACCAUCGAACGAGUCAUAUCGCGCGGCGGCAGAUGCCUCAUACCAGUCUUUGCACUGGGGCGAGCCCAGGAAUUGUUGCUCAUUCUGGACGAGUACUGGCAGGCAAAUCCGCAUUUGCAAAACAUUCCCAUUUGGUACGCUAGUAAGCUGGCUUCUCGGGCACUACGUGUCUAUCAAACGUACGCGAAUAUGAUGAACGCACGGAUACGCUCCCAAAUGGACGUGUCCAAUCCUUUCCGAUUUCGUUUCAUUCAAAAUCUCAAAUCCAUUGACGUCAAUUCGUUUGACGACUCCGGUCCUUCGGUCGUUUUUGCCUCUCCAGGGAUGUUGCAGUCUGGAGUUUCGCGGCAGCUAUUUGAUCGCUGGGCGUCGGAUCACAAGAAUGGUGUGUUGAUUGCCGGUUACGCUGUUGAGCACACACUUGCCAAAGAAAUCAUGGCGCAACCCAAAGAAGUUGUUACACUGGAAGGUCGUCGACAACCGUUAAAUGCCCUAGUGGACUACGUCAGUUUCUCGGCGCACGUUGAUUUUGUACAAAACCGCUCUUUUAUCAAUCAAGUGGCGCCGAAACACAUUAUUCUCGUACAUGGACAGAAGGAUGAAAUGGGACGACUCAAGAGUGCUUUACUGCUACAGUAUAAGCAGUUUCCGGAGAAUAAACGUCCAACGAUUACCAUGCCACCGAAUUUACAGGAAGUCAAACUUAAAUUUGCACGUCGGCGAUCGGCCAAGGUCAUGGGAUCGUUAGCAGAUCGACAAAAAGAGCCUAAAGAAGGGGAAGAAGUCCGGGGUAUUCUUGUCACGCAUAACUUUCAUUCGAAAUUGGUUGCUCCCGAAGACUUAGCCACCUACACUCCCUUGCGAGUCGGCUCGAUCGCCAGUAAGCUGCACGUUCCAUUUGUUGGAUCUCUUGCGACUUUGCGAUUAUUUUUGACGGAAAUGUUUGCUGGGGUAUCGGAAAGUACGGAAGAAUCAGAGGACUCGACGCGGACCAUUUUCCAACUUGUGAACGAGGUGUGUAAACUGAGCGUUAAAGUCACGUUAGGUGCGAACAAGGGAGUAGCGAUUGUCGAAUGGAUGGCAAGUCCCCAAGGUGAUAUUUUGGCUGAUGCUGUUGUCGCGCUGUUAAUGCACGCGCAGAGCAGU